CCCGGUGUGCGGAGCCCGAUUGUCACUCAGCUCCCGCUCCGGGGGCGACGAAGGCGCUGGCGCCAGAGUGCAGUCUCGGCUGGCUACCAUCCCCUUGGACCUAACAGGCUAGCUCUGGGUUCUCCUGGCAUCUUCUGAGGGAGCGACUGCCCAAGAUUUAGAGAUUUGGGGACACUUGACUAAACAGUUCAGGUGGCCAGAAGCUCUGACAGCUUCGGUGUGACCUUGGGUAAGUCUGUGUCUCAGUUCGUGCACCAAGAAUGUGCAGGAGAGGGGUGGAGGAAACGACUGGAAUUGCCCCCCCCCCCCCCCAUGGGGCAGUAGAUGGGCAAGGAUUCUGAGCUGAAGCGGGACCAGGGACUGUUAAGAGUCAGGAUCCAGUGGCGUCCCAGGUGGGUGGGCACCGGGCAGGAAGGCGUGCGCGCAGGCGGGGAAUGAGAGCCUGUGGACCCGUCAGGUCCUGGGCUUAGUCCCUCAGAUUCAUGCCUGCCAUCCAGUCCCAGGUACGAAACAGGGCACUACCUCUUUAAAAGCGUCCGGGGCUGAGCCUCUGCUGCACCAUGUGAUUGCUUGAAAGGCCGGGCUGGGAGCGCAGCGGCGGGAGCCUGGAGAACGAUGAGCCGGUGCGCGCACGGUGCCCAGAGCCCAGCCCUGCCCUGCGCGGCUCCGGAAAGCCGCCCGGGGAACUUAGGGCAACGCCUUUGGGACCCCCUGCUGGUUGGCAGUCAGGAUGGUGAGCGCCCUGCCUCCGGGUCGGCAGACACCUGUGGGCAUUGCGGAUGCAUAGGGGAUCCUUAUGGAGUGAGUGUCCUGGGAGCCACCUCACACCUGAUACAAAAGCCAGUGGUGGAGUGAGUGUUGCUAUUUUAAGUUGCUGAAUGGAACCUCUGAGGACAAGGGGAGGGGACAGAGGUUAAGCAGAUAGUGAGGCUGAGUGCCUGGCCAGCCUGGGCAGGCACUGCAUCUGCUAACUGGGGCACAUCUUCGCAGGGCUGCCUAUGUCCCCCUCCUUCCCAGGCUGGCAUCCCCACUGCAGGCUUCCUGACCACAGGUGCUGGCCUCGUGCCCCAGGGCGCCUGUCUGCUGAUGUGCCCAGCGCCUGCCCACCAUGCCGCCCUACAUCUCAGCCUUCCAGGCUGCCUACAUUGGCAUCGAGGUGCUCAUUGCCUUGGUCUCUGUGCCUGGAAACGUGCUGGUGAUUUGGGCUGUGAAGGUGAACCAGGCACUUCGCGAUGCCACCUUCUAUUUCAUCGUAUCGCUGGCGGUAGCUGAUGUGGCCGUUGGCGCUCUGGUUAUCCCACUUGCCAUCCUGAUCAACAUCGGGCCACAGACCUACUUCCACACCUGCCUCAUGGUGGCCUGCCCUGUCCUCAUCCUCACCCAGAGCUCCAUCCUGGCUCUGCUGGCUAUUGCUGUGGACCGUUACCUCCGAGUCAAGAUCCCUCUCCGGUACAAGACAGUGGUGACCCAGCGGCGGGCGGCAGUGGCCAUAGCAGGCUGCUGGAUUCUCUCCCUUGUGGUCGGCCUGACACCCAUGUUCGGCUGGAACAAUCUGAGUGAGGUGGAGCAAGCCUGGGCAGCUAAUGGGAGUGUGGGGGAGCCCGUGAUCAAGUGUGAGUUCGAGAAGGUUAUCAGCAUGGAGUACAUGGUCUACUUCAACUUCUUCGUCUGGGUGCUGCCGCCGCUGCUUCUCAUGGUCCUCAUCUACCUGGAGGUCUUCUACCUGAUCCGUAAGCAGCUCAACAAAAAAGUAUCCGCCUCCUCCGGUGACCCCCAGAAGUACUACGGGAAGGAGCUGAAGAUCGCCAAGUCACUGGCGCUCAUCCUCUUCCUCUUCGCCCUCAGCUGGCUGCCACUGCACAUCCUGAACUGCAUCACCCUCUUCUGCCCCACCUGCCAGAAGCCCAGCAUCCUCAUCUACAUCGCCAUCUUCCUCACGCACGGCAACUCGGCCAUGAACCCCAUCGUCUACGCCUUCCGCAUCCACAAGUUCCGGGUCACCUUUCUGAAGAUUUGGAAUGACCAUUUCCGAUGCCAGCCCAAGCCUCCCAUUGACGAUGACCUCCCAGAGGAGAAGGCUGAUGACUAGCCUCCACCUUGCUCCCUCCAGCCCACAACCAGUGUUCCAACUGUCCCAUUGCUCCUCCUCAGCUGCCCCAGCGGGGGUGUGAGCUGUAGGCACCAGGGAGGCUCUGAAGAGAUGCCACAGAGCAAGGCCCCUUCCACAAGGAUCCAGCUGCCCUGUACCGCGGGGAGCUGGAGGAAGCUUGGAGGUGGGUCAGGCUAUGGCAGGGAACUGGGUGCCCUGAGGUGUUGAGUGCCCAUACCUGGCUGUUCUACAAGGCGUUCAGAGAUCUAGGGCUAGAAUAUUCUGGCUCCUACAGUCAAACAGGGGGCAUGCUAUUAAGACCAACUUCAAGGUGAGGAUAAGACUCCCUCAGAGAAUGGACGGAGAGAAGUGGGUAUGUCCUGGCUUUGCUUUCUCUCCUAUUCUGUAGGAAAAGAUAGCAAAGUGCAGGAAAGGAGACCUUAUCCCCACCUCCAAGGAUUUUGUGUUCUGGUCAUACAGGUCCUACAAUGCCCGCCGUCCUUACCCGACAAGCCUGAGGUUAUACAUAAACGAGGCAGAAAGAAUGGGGCUAGGGAGCGACUCUCGGAUUUUGUUUAUUCAGGGUCCUGAAAUUCCAGUGGGCCUCUAAGCACUGGGAAGUAAGCAUGGUCCAGUAGGUGCUGGCCUCAAACAGCCAGCAGAGGGCAGCACUGAGCACUUUUGCCCUGACCGUCUGGGUAUCCCCAAUGUAACUUUCUGUCUUCUGGGCCUCCAAGCGUCACCAACUUUCAGAGGCAGGCCUGGACUCUCCUGGAUGACACUGUCUCUGUUUCUGGGCCCCAGGAUAAGAAAUUCCCAGAAAGGACAACCCUUGGGAACAUUCUGCCUGAGUGGGAAGGAAGAUGAGGGAAGCCUCCAAGAGGCUCCCAGGUGACGUGGGCACUCCUGGUGUGGGGAAUGGCAGGCCAGACCAGACCAGAGACCACUCUCUCGAGAGUGUGAAGGAUUGCCUUGCUGGCAUUCAAAUAUCCAAAAUGCUCCUGGGGGGUUACGUUCAGUCUUUAGGGGUUUCAGAAGCUGUGUUACGAGGAUAGUGCAGGCCUUUGUGGGUCUCAGGACCAAUCCACACCCUGCUGAACCUGGCUUUCUUCCUUGUGUGGACAGCAGGCAGGGGAGGGUGACAGGUUCUGAGUGUGAAUAUUGACCCCAAGGCUUGAUUCCAGGCUCUUCCCUCAGUGGGUGAGGUGUCCCUGGUGCCCAAGGAGGUCCCUAUGUCUAAUAAAAGACUGUGAACCCUUGUGAA